CUAUUUGUUUUUAAUGAUAUCCCGCAAUUUAUCAGUUAUUCGUUGUUACCGCACGACCUUUGACAAUAACUGUUGGAUGGAAACGGACUGGAUCAGCAGUUUCAGUGUAUCAUAUUAAGAGCCGCAGUAGGACUAAAAUACAAUAAUGCUGGGAAGCAGCUCUAUCCUGUGUUUGGUAGUGAUCAGCGCCUGUCCAUUCCUGAUCUACGGUCAAUAUAGCGAAAGCUUGUGCCCGUCCCAAGGCGUUUCAAGCAGAUGCCACUGUACAGAAAACGUCAUCGAGUGUCGUAAUCGAGGACUUACCAGUCUUCCUAAUUUCCAAACUUCUCCUUGGCCAUUUAAGCGGCUCGACCUCAGUAAGAACAACAUUACAUACAUUCCUGCUAGAGCGUUCGAGGGUAUCAACGUAACUGAAAUAGAUUUGUCAUUCAAUAUGUUAACUGGCAUCCAUAGGGAGGCAUUUAUUAAUCUGAAAAAGCAGCUUAAUGGUGUAGACCUUCACAACAACUUGUUGUUUGCCCUGCCUGAGGUGCUGUCAACGCUUGAAAACAUCACGAAGUUAGACGUCAGUUACAACCCCAUACCACAUGACAACUUCACCGACAAUGUAAUGCGUCUCAUCGGUGAUUGGAUCACUGAAUUCCAUUUCGGAGAUCAAGAUUUACAGCAGUGGCCGCAUUCACUCCAUCAUCUUGCAGAAUUGCAGUUCCUGAAAUUUUACGGUGGCAAGAUGGAUAGGAUUCCUAUAACGGCUUUUAACGGAUUUGAGCACACUUUGAGGAAACUGUGGAUGCAGAGCACUCACUUAAUUGCUGUUCCCAUUGCUCUGCAGUACUUACACAAUUGCAACGAGCUUCACUUUGACAACAACGUGUUUGUUAAGGACGCUGGAAUCUUGAUACCCGCUUUCGCCGGAAUGACGAAAACCUUGGACACAUUAUCGUUGGAAAACAACAGUCUAUCCACUUUCCCUCCUGUGCUUCGUACGCUGGUUUCACUACACAACCUAAGUCUGGCACGGAACAACCUACAGAUAGUCAGCGAUCAAGCAAUUAGCGAAGUUGGAAGCAACCUUACAACCUUGAACCUGCAAGGCUGUAACCUCGAUCGUAUCCCCGGCGCUCUGUCAAAACUAUCCAUGCUUAAGAACCUUGACUUCUCCUACAACAAAAUCACAACCAUCGAAAAGAACGACUUGCAAGCAAUGAACCACCUGGCCAGCCUCAAUGUAUCGUACAAUCCAUUAGCGUACGUGUCCAAGAGUUCGUUUCAUGACCUAGGCUCUCUGGAAGAGCUGGUACUCAAGAACACAAGCCUAUAUGAGGUACCACAAGCAAUCACCAACUUGCCGCACCUUAAGAUUCUCAACUUGGAACAAGAUCAACCAAGCAUUGAAUGUAACUGCGAUCUCAGCUGGCUUUAUUGCUUUACCAAGACAAACAACAGUGCCCUAACCAUAGUCGGGGCUUGUUACACCAUCGUGCUCGAUAUUGGAUUAUACGUUAAGAAUGAUGUACGCACAACUUGCCCAAAUAUGUGCUGACAGUUGAAAUGAAUUAUUGUGCAUGUAUGUGUCAAUGCAAAUCAAAGGUUACCUAACGUACUCAUAUGUGCACGUGUACACAUACACCUAUUAGUAUGUAUAGUUUUUUUUGCAUCACCUUCGGGAUUGCUUUGUCCGGCAUCGCCGCCGUUUUUAACUGCGUCGUCAUUGGCAUCACACUCGUUUCCGCUUGAUAACUUUCGAAAGACUUUAUGUACGGUCUUUAUACUUGAUAUAUCUUUUUGCAUUGUCAGUUUAUGACCCCUGAUUGAUUUUGGGCAAUAUAUCUAAUGUCAAUGCCAUGGUGACCUUUAAUAAAUAAAUACUUGAGAUUCCAAGAUAUGACCAUGAAACGACAUGGUUUAGUCUUCAAACAUUGUAUGCACUUUGGUCAUGGCUCGUAUUGAUUUUACCUACAGGUAAAUGGUUAAGGUCAUGGUGCCCUUUACUACAAACAAUAUGAGCGCUUCUGACAGGUGACACUCUAUAAUAUUCACAAUUUUACUGUACAUAUAAUAAUAAACUUGAAAGCAG